AUGUAUAUAUACAGAAAAGUGAGGCGUAGCACCAUACGGAGAUUUGGAGGUUACAGAAAACUCAUCCUGUGCACCAUUCUUGUUAUGCUGUGUAUGACAUUGUAUUACUACAGAUCUCCUGUUCUCAACAAUGGUGUGAGACAGGUGUGGGACGGCAAUAUGUUGUCAAAAAAUAGCACAGAUGCUCCUUGUGGCGUCCGAUGUCCUGUUGGUCAAGCCUCAUUCAUGAUAAAGACAGGAACAGGAAUGAAUGUUGCACCUACAGUCUGUUUCAAUGGCAGGGUACUGUUCAGCCCUGAACUUCAGAACGCUGCCCGUGGUAUAAAUGCUGUGUUUAUAGAUCCAGAUACAUUGGAAAUAAAAGACCAGCAAACAUUUGAUACAUAUCUUGAUGUGUAUCCUCUACUUCGAUAUGUCAGAGAGAAGGUGCCAAGAAAUACACUGGUUUUGGCUGUCAGCUAUGAUGAAAUUUCAGAAGGCCUGAAAGAAGAAGGGAAAAAUGUCUUUAUUGCAUUGGGCAGCAACCUUAUUUCAAAAGUACAGUUCCGAGAUGCCUUUAUGAUAAUCGGUCAGAUGGGUUUGUCUCAAGGCCAUGCAAUAGAAUUUCAUAAAUCCAGGGAAGCAAGUGCCUUUGCUCCUUCCAUAGAAAAACAUGGAUGUUUUGGUUUACCAAUGGGACCUAUAGGAAACGCAGAGGACUUUCUACCGUCUGUUCAGUCAAUGGGAGCCAUUCAACCAGGGAGAGACCUUAUGUAUUGUGGUUUAAAGUCAGCUUGUGAGGAUGGAACAUUCUCUGUGAUGGUUGACACGGGAGAUGGUGAUAGAAGUGCUCCCAAAAUUUGUGUUUCUGGAAAAAUCAUUGUAGACAAACAAGUCAACGAUGCAGGACGUGGAUUUAACGUGGUGAUCAUCGACCAUGUGUCCUUCCAGGUCAAAUCUAUUUCCAGGUUUGACACAUACUCCAAAGAUAGCCUAAACUUAGAAUUUUUCCUGGACAAACUUGAGCCUGAUGAUAUAGUUAUAGCUGUUGUCAAUGAUGAUGGUUCAAGGAAACUGAGUUUACAUGCCAAGGAGUUAUUUAAUCAGCUAGGAAGCAGUAUGGUUCAGAACCUGAAGUUUAGAGAUGUCUGGUAUUUUGUCGGUCAACAUGGUAUCAAAGGCUUCACCAAACAUGAAAAGAUCAGUUAUGCAGGUUAUGAUGGGGCAUGGCCAAAAAUUUUGCACAACUCAUUCUGUGUCAAUAAAAAAUUGGAAGGCUUAAAGGUGGCCCCAGAUCCAGGUGGCUACCGUAAUGAAGGCAGAAGGGCGUUUUGUAAGAAAUAUGAUGGUUAUGCAGACUUCUGUGAGGGAUCAAAGAUCGAUAAGAUGAUCUCUCCUGUUGGACUUGUGGACAAAAAUCUUGUAAAUAAUCCAGUAUUUGAUGUUCCCAUCAUCAUAAUCCCAGGAAUGGACCAUAACGCCCUUGUUCGUACUUUAGAGACCACCAUCAUGCAACCAGGAGUGCGCCCAUCCCUUGUCACGGUAAUGUGGGAUGAAAAAACAGUGGAACAUGCAGAACUGGCCGAUCUUUUUAAAUACAACAAUCACAGCUUGUCUGGUAGUCUUAACUAUAUAGACCAAAUGCAGAAAGCGUUGACAACUGGAUGGGAGCUCCAUACUGAAGCUAAAUACCUGAUAGUUUUAGAGGAGGAAAUUGUCUUAGCUCCAGACUUUCUGUCCUUCCUUGGUCAGAGUUUGGUAGUAGUGGAUUCUGAUGCUUCUCUGCUGGGAGUGUCCGCCUGGAACUACAAUGGUUACGACACUACUUCUGGAGACAGAACAUUAGCAUAUCGAGUUGAAGAGUUUCCAGGACUUGGAUUCCUCCUGAAACGAAGCGUGUUCGACACUUAUAUGAAGAACCGCAUGUCUGUCUGUUGCUCAAAAAGAGUUUGGAAUAAUUGGGCAUUAGCAGGAGAAGAAGUUGUUGGUGAAAUCUUGAUACCUGAUGUCUCACGCAUUUACCGUCAACCAUAUCAGACCUGGAACACCAAUGAAGAUUACCUAACGGAGCUUUUCAACAAGCCAAGACUCACCAAUUUAGAGGCUGGGAUGAACCUGAAGGGCUUGUCUCACUUAAUGGAGAGCAGCUAUGAUGCCUUACUUCAUAAAAAACUAGCUUCAGCAGAUGUUUUCACUGCUGACAUGCUGAAGAACUGUAUGACAGGCAAGAAGCAGCAGAUUCUUUACGUGCCAAUUGAGAAAAAGUCAGAUUUUGCUGUUUACUUUGAGCAGUCAAGUCCUCAAAACUUCACCAUUUCAAACGAGUUAUGUCGUUGUUUUGGUUUAUAUUCUGUCAAAGAGCAGAGGCCUAAGAACCUCCAUAAAGGCAUCAUUAGGUUUUAUUUUGACAGAAGAGAAGGCUUCUUGGUGGGAUCGUCAUCAGAAGAAUUCUACAGACAUAAACCCCCAGACUAUAAAGCUAUUAGGUAGAAAGAAGUAGUUCAAAAAUACUCUGUGUUUAAAAGUUUAA